AGGGAGGAGGGGGGCGGGAGGAAAGAUAACACCAGCUCCGUCGUCCCGCGCGCCCUUCCACAACAGGCGAAGCCCGAAAGAGGAGCGUACCUGGGUGUCCUCGGUCCUCAGGGCAGGCAAAGUGACGCCCACCUUCGCGGAAUGGCGACAGCCGGGGCUCCUGCAAGGCAGCGCGGCGGGAGCCACAACCACAGGGGCUGGCAGGUGGAGGCUGCCGGCGGCGGCGGCGGCGAGCAACACGUUUGCGUCGAACUUCGCCGCGUCUGUCACGCCGAAGAGCAGCAGCAGUAGUAAAGCCCGGCCAGCGUCGCCGUCCGAUCCUAUGGCUUUGCGCGAGCGCGCCCCCCUCCCCAAAGACGCGGCUCUCCUCAGGCUUGCUUCUUGGCGCCAAGAUUAGAUUUUCCUCUCACACAGACAGUUCUUUCUCGCGCGCGCCCUCAGUUCCUGCCGCGGCUCUCCCGCCCACCUCAGUCAGUCCCGCCAGCUUGCUCCGUGCUCGCCCGCAGCUUCGGUGGCCGGCGUCAGCUGCCCUUCCCCAGGGCGGGGAGGGCGAGGUGGGAAACCGAGGGGUAAAAAGGAAGCGACUGUGGUGGCGGCUAAGGAGCGAAAGGGCUCGGCCGCAGGCGGAGGACGAGCAGCGUGGCUUAGGCAGCAGCAGCAGCAGCAGCAGCUCCUUCCAGGUGCCUGUGAGGGGAGGGCAGCCGCUCUCGCAGCACCCUAGGGCUGAGCGGACAAGGCGAGACACGCGCGCAGUCUGCGGAUGGAACCGGCGUGGAGCGAGCGGCUUCUACGGUCUGCUACAGCCUCCCAAGGCUGCUGGUUGCAGCUUCUCUUUCCCCUGCUCCUCCUCCUCCCCCUCCUAGCCGGCAAGCUCCAGGCUGCCGCUGGUCUUUGCCGCUUCCCUCAUUAACCUCCUCAGGAGGAGCGCUCCCACCAGAACGCCCUUUAGUCGCGGAGGAGGCGAGUUUGCAAUUGUUAAUGGAGGGGUUUUAGUGCCGUGCCGGCAGGGAUUCUCUCGCGCUCCUCGCUCCCUCACGUGCCUUAAAGGUACACCACUGUUUCACUCCUCGGCUUGGCGCGUAACGCUCGUGAACGGGGCACAUAAACCCUCGUCUGGAGCGGACGGGGAGGGGGCACGUGACCGCGGAGCGGGCUCUCUCUCUCUCUCUUGGCGUCAAGGAGCGCCGCUUGGAGAAUGGCAAUGAGGAAGGGGGCGGGGCUUCGGAGCCGAGGCCAGCAGGUGUCAAUGGAGUCAAGGGGAAAGAGGAACCUGUUCCAGAGGAGCCGGUGGAAUGGCAAGGAGAGGGAGAAAAGGAGGUGGGAAGGGAAAGGGAUGACUGAUACUCGUGCAAACGGGUCGUGGGCAAGAACGGAGAAGCCUCGGUGGUGGAAUGGCACUUCUCCUCUUAGAGUAGUGGGGGCGGGGUGGCAGCACUGGCAGGCAUCUGGUUUCGUUUAAGACAAGAGGCAGGCAUAAUGAGGGAACUGAUGUAGUAAUGGGGUAGACCAGAUCAUUUAAAAGAGUAAGUAGGCUGACAAAAAAAGAUGUAUGGGAGGAAUGGCAAUGGUGAUUAAAAGGAAAUAGAGUGUAGAACAAGGAGGAAAAAAGGAGCAAGUGGGAGAUAUUCAGCAUAGAAUGUCCACAGCUGGUAGGUUGGUUCAAAGGCGAGAUGGAAGGGGCUAUGGAGAAGGGUUGGGGGAAGAGAGAAAUGGAGCAUACCAUGGGGUUAGGAGAAUGAAAAGUGGGGGCAGCGGAGUGUCAUUUCACAUAAUCAUGAAAGAAUGCAUAACAGGAAGAGAUUGCGGAAGGGACAUGGGAGUAUGAAAAUGUGACAUAUCAGGUAUUAAAUGGAAUACUAACUAAUUUAUACUAAGGUAAGUAUGGAAAUAGUCAAAUAUGACUCAUGCUAACUUCCCUAAGAAGAAGCUGAGUUGUAAUACAGUGCCUAGUGCCUGGAAGCUGCCUUCCGGGGUUACUGAGAGGAAUAACACAACCCUAUCCAAUUAUUCUCCCACCAUUGACUUUAGCAGGACUUAAUCCCAGGUAACCAUGGAAGGUGUUGCAGGCUUACUGAACCAGCUUUCUGUAAAAGAGCUCAGUCCUGAAAUUUGUGAAGUAAUAACAAAUUUCAUUUUCCUCACUUCUAAGCAAUAAUGACCAGCUCUUGGUUAUCAAAAACAGCAGUGGCUGCAAUCCUGAAUGCACUUUACUGGGCAGUAAGCCCCUUUGAAAACAAUGGGAUUCAGUGUGCAUGAGUGAACAUACAUAGGAUUGCAUUGUAUAACAGUUGCAGUGUGGCAUGAAGUUUCAUGGAACAGAGCCUACUGAUAGAUGCAAGAAAUGCAAUAUUCAGUGGGCAGAUAAUAUAUACAAGUUUAUAGCUAUGAAACAGUAGGACCAAAAGUCUAUGAAAUGCAAACGUCCAGGAGGUCUGUGAAAUUUCUGUGCAAAUUCUGUGAUAUUUCUGUGCAAAUGUCACUUCUUAUCUUGUAUACAUCUGGGCUUUGCAAAGAGGUAUCACAAACCUAGUAUUUCCAUUUUUUCUUUGUACCCAUAUGUAUAUAUUUGCCAAGAAGGCAUACCCUCGGAAAGGACACCCAGGAAUAUUUGAGGCUGGCAGCUCACACUUCAGAAAUUAAGCACAAAGAAACUAAAAUCAAUACAUUUCAAAAUGUGUUGUAUAUUAAGAAGGGCUCUAAACACAGUGGACACAUUUUAAAUGACUUGAUUCAGCUUUAUGCAUAUGUGACACAAAACAAACAUAAUUGGCAAUAACCCUCCACACACAGACUUCUCUGGAAAGGCACUCUAAGAUAACCUUAAAGGAAAAAAGAGAAUAAUUACUAGACAAGGACAUCCAACAACAGCAACAAAAAGACUUCUGUAAUAUGACUAAUGUUCUUGUCUUCUGUUUUUUGUUAUACUGUAGUGAUAGUGUGUACCAAAAAUGAAACAAAAUGUUAAAGUAGGGGGAAAUGGGCUUGAAAAAGAGCUAUAGUAUACACUGAAUAGCAUAUGCUGACUAUUUUAUACCCAAAUUGUCAAACAUGAAUUUUAAAUUUCUAGCUCUUGUUCCGAUCCUCUUCAACCAGGUGUUGCAAGACUUGCGUAAAGGAAAAUGAGAAAACUGAAGAAACAGUGCUUGAAGUGAGUCUGGGGACUGAGUCCUCUGGAGGCACUGCAGAAGACAAAAGUCUUCCAGGAUUGCAGUGCCCAUUUGUUUGAUAGGAUUGGCAGAAAAGUGUACUUGGCUUUGGAUGGAAUUACAUAAUAUGAUGCACCCUGAGCUUGUGCUUUCAUCUCUCUUCUCCAAGAAUAAAGGUGGGUUUAUCUUCCUUUUUUUUCCUAGGAAAGGUGAGGAACAAGGACAAACUGCCUGUGCCUUCUGGCUGAAGUUUUUUUCACAGAGUUCAUGGAGAGAGGUAUAUAUUCUGAUAGUGAGCAACAGGCACAUUCUUCAAAGGUAAUUUUAUGCUCAUUUUUACAUGUAUUUUUUCUUAUGAAUCCAUAAGAUCGAACUGUGAGCUUCUUCCUCUUCACAUUCCCACUUUUGGGUCACUGUAUGGUAUUUUCUUUCCAAUCUGGAGUUCUGACUGCUAACUGGUAUUUGCAAACAAAAUUCUAAACCUUGAUGGAAAGCGUAAAGUGAUCAAACAGGCAUUUAGAAACAUAUAAACAGAAAAGAAAGACAAAUAGAUAUGUGCUAGCAUAUCUGGAAGGAAAGCAUCAUUAUUAAAAGAAAAAAGAAAAACCUGAAACAUUACCCUACCCAUCACGCACAUAGAAAAUUUAAGUCCUCCCCCCAAAAUUAUAAUGUAUAGUUUGUUUGUUUUUUUUACUAUUCUAUUACUUUACAAAUAAAGAAAACUCAAAUUUAAGGGAAGAUGUUAAUGCAACUAGGCUGUACAACUACUGGCCUGUGAUAUAUAGUUACAUAUGUAGUUUGUCUGCAAGUUGAAAUCAAGAGAGAUCUAUGGCAGUGAAUGGUUUGUCAAGGCUUUAUGUUUCCUGCUGCUCAUGUGAGCCACACAACAAACAGGAUUUAUUUCACUUCUGAUUUGCAAAAUGUGAAAAUUGACCAGGGAACCAUUUGCUGGAUUUUCAGAGCCACUGAAGCCCAACUGCAGUAGCCUCAGUAAGUCUUACUGAGGCAUUUCCUCAGUGCUGGUGCACAUCUUUCAGCAACUCAGGAAGAGGGAAAACCCUUACCCUGUUGUUGCUUGAAUAAAGAUGCAAAAAGAAAGUGAAAAACUGUUCCUAUUUUUUCUUGUCUUAAAUUAUAUUACCAUUAUUUAUCAGUUGAGAAGUAAAAAACAAAAACCUUUUGACUUUUUUCCUCAAGCAGACAUAUACUCAAGAUUAUUAUAGUGCAAGGAUGGACUUUUUGCUCUCCUAAAUGAGAUUAGAUAAAGAAUCACUAGCCUCUGUGGGAGAACAUUCAGCACAUUUAGUACAACGUAACUGCAGCCCUUUUGUAACACUUCCAGACCAAAGGGAUGGAAUGCACAAUCCACAAACAUUUUUUCACAGCUAUAUUUUUCUGUUCUUGUGAUACACAGAUAAAGACUUAACAAAUGUUCCUAUGGAUUAAUAUUAGUUUGGUAGCAACUGCUGCAGCAUUAUGAGAUGCUGCAUGGGAAAUGUGAAGAAUUAUUUUAUUCACAUAGAUUCACAUUUCUCAGCAGAGUACUAGAUGGUUCUCUGCAUUAGAACUUUGUAACCACUGUAGUCAAAUAAUAACAAACUGGAAAGAUAAGUGCAUGUUUUCUUCUCCAUGAUAAAGCACAUUCUCAAAUACAAAAACCCAUUUGUUUCCAAAGAGCAGAUCAAUUGUUGGCUUUGUUUUGAAGCAUCUAUUAAAGAAGGCAUUCCAAAUGAAAGCAGUUCAUGGUCUUAACAUCCUUAGAAAUCACUUCUCAAAGGUGAUUGCUGUACUUGUCAAUCCUUGUGGUCACUGCCACUUAAGGACAAAAACCCCUUUGGAUUCAGCCAGUUUUCUUCAGGCAUGGAGAAGAACAGUAGGUAACAAAAGUGUGUCACAUACUUCUUUUUUUAAAACCUAUUUAUGUUGUUCUAACUGGUUUAUUUAAAUUAGUGAAAUGUUCAUCUUUGAUGCUAAUCCUAUUAGACUUCAAGGUAAAUUAGAGAAGAAAAUGUCAGUGGUCUUCAAAUUCUUAUAAUUACUGUUUAUUGCAUACUAACUUGACACCUGCGUUUCCACAUACCUUAUGAAAGAUACACUGAUAAGAAAGAACACACUUGUUAUAUUUGCUGUAAGACAAUACAAACACUAGGUUACCUUUUCUACAUAGAACAAAUCACUUCCAGCCAAUAAGAUAGGAACAAGAAUGAACAGCACAAUCCAAACCCCUGGUCCACUAUGCUAGAAUGAGAUUUAGGUGAGGCAAAGUUGUCCCCCUGCUCAGCUCUGUCUGGGUUGCCUUUUUCACCAGCCAGUGGCAAGGAAGCUUCUGUCACCUCAGUUCUCUGGAAUGUGCCUAUCCAAACUGCCGGUGGUGGAAGCAGUAUAUCAAAUCAUUCUGGUCCCGUUUGCUUCACCAGCCAGGGAGUCAGCAUAGCAAAAACACAAGACAUACCAGCCUUCCCCCAACUGCUGUUAAAUAUAUAUUUACUGGAGGCAUAAAAGAAGCUGUUUAGAGAACCAUUUUGCCCUUUAGGGUUGCAACACAAUGGAGAUUUAAUUGGGACUAAGCACCAUUGAAUGCUGUGGGAAUUAAUUCCACAUAAAUAAGUAUGGGGUUGGGCUGCAUGCAAGAGGCACAGAAGGAAGAAGAACAGAAGGAAGGAGAAAGGAGAAAGGAAAGUGGAUAAGGAAGGUUAACGGCUCAUGAAACAAACAUGGAGCACUUGUAAGAUUUUUUUAGGGAAACUGCAUUUGCAAAUAACACUAAGCUGUGUUUUAUUUUCACCAUGGAACAAAUCGAGACGCUUGGGAACAUAAUAAGAGGCCUGUUAGAUCAGGUCAAAGGCCUACCUAGUCUAGCAUUCUAUUCUCAAAGUAGCCAACCAGAUGCCUCUGAGAAGACCACAAGCAGGACAAGAGCACAACAGUUCUUCUCUACAUCAAGUUGCAUUUAGAAGCAUGGCAUCUCCAAAACAGGAGGCAGGGUACAGUCGUCAUGUCUAAUAGCUAUUGAUAGUCUUAUACUCCAAGGAUUCCCCCCCCCAUCCCCUUUAAAGCCAUCCAAGUUGGUGGCUAUUUAGUCCUCUCUUGGGGGAGUAAGUUAUUUAUUUUAAUUAUGUGCUGUAUGAAGAGGUAGUUCCUUUUAUCUGGCCUACAUUUUCCCAUGCUUAGCUUCAUUGGAUGAUCCCAAGUUCUACUUUCAUGAAAGAGGGACAAACACUCCACUUUUUCUGCAACAUGCAUACUUUUAUGCACCUCUAUGAUGUUCUCUCCCCACCCACCUUCCUUGCCUUUCCCUCCCUAAGCUUAAAAAGCGCAAAAUGCUGUAACCUUUUGGGGGUUCCUUCAUACAUAUUUUGAUUGCUCUUUUCUUAUCCUUUUCCAGCUCCACAAUAUUCAUUCUGAGAUGCAACAAUGAGAAUGGGACACAGUAUUCCAAGCAUGGUCACACCAUAGAUUUGUAUAGCAGCAUUAUGAUUUUGACAGUUUCAUUUCAUUUCCAUGCCAAUUGCUUCCUCAUUAAUUGCAACCCCAUUAACCUGGAAAAUCAUGGGAAUUUUGCACUGUUAUUUUACUGCAGUUUGCAUGCAUCAGAGCAUGCAGUAGUAUUUGGGGUCAUAUUCUAGCAAAAAGUUCUUUCCUGCCAUUUUCUUGGGUGACUCAUGGGAGAACAGAAGCAUGCAGGUGCAUAAAGGGGCAUGAAAUGUUCAGUUGUGUAGUACCACACUUACUUACAUGAAUGGAAUUAAGUGACAUAGUGGUAUGUCAUUAGAAAAAGCCACAGUUCCAUAAUGCAACAAUGUGGUAUGUCAUUUUAGUGGGUGAAACUUAAUUGACCUUGAUGGCACUUUGCCUGAUUUGCAGUAUAUGUCCACUAUAAGAGUUUUGACCCUCUUCCUUUUCAGCUUUUUACCAUUCCCCUCAUUUUUGAUAAAGUAUCAUCUUUGGGAGUCAAAUGUGAUUGUGUUGAAUUUUCUUGACAAUUGUUCACUUACAUGUAUGUUGAAUUUGAUAGCACAGUGGUAUUUGAAAGCACUGUUUCUGUUCAUUCAACAAAACUUAUAUCUCACACUAGGUCCUGGACACCGCUGUAGAAUAAGUCCAGGGUCCCCUCACUUUGGAUUGCUUCCAAUACUUUUCACAGCACGGCAAGUAUGAAAGGUGAGUUCAUUUUGUAUUUGUCUCCCCACCCCUUCACCCCCCACCUAUAUCAGCUUGCUCUGGAAAUUGGUCAGAUAUUGUUCAUUUUAAUCACCUGAAAUCCUUACUGAAUUCAAUGAAUUCAACCUCUUUCCUCAGGUAAAGCAACUAUAUAUUUUUUUCUCCUGGGAGUGUUGAGAAAUUAGGGUUAAGAACACAAAGAGGUGAGAGCAGGUGGCUGGAGCAAAGAAAAGUGGAAAAAAUCACAAAGGGCCCAAAAGAAAAAGAACAACAGAAGAAAAGAUGAAGAGAGUCAAAGCCAGGCUAAGUAAGGAUCUGCUGGUUUCAAAAUGCUGUGAAUUGCUUUAUUGAGUUGCUUGUAGUUGCCUCCUUCAAUUUUUAUUCAUUUUUCAGUUCUUCUGUACUUAAUAACCAUAUAUUAAAAUUCAAACAUUAAUUAUUUUUAAGACUGAAACAUCAAAUAGAAAGGGUAAAAGAACUCUCUGAAAUGUACUUUAUAUUAGGUUUCUGUAGACUGAAGCAUUUUGUAUUUUCUUUUAAAAAAGCAUUUUCUGCACCUGCCUCUAUGUUACAAUUAUCCUUCCCCUUUCUGCUUUGAAAGAUUCAUGUUUUUUGUAGCCUGCUGCAUAUUUUGUUAACCAACACUUAAAGCACUCGUUCUCAUCCCUAUUUACAGUAUGAUGCCAGCAUGUUUAAACCGCAUACCCUACGAGUGUGUGAUUCUAUAGAGACAUUCCAGGAAUGAAGUAAUCAAAUAUGGUUAUAUCCCAUCUUUAUUUGAAUGGGCUUUUAUUACAGAGGUAAAUAACCCAAAAUUUAGCCACUGUAUUGGGUCUAGUAUUGAAGCAGAUAGCACAGUAAAGUCAGGUAUUUUUGUAUCCUUUCAGCGUCAUUAUUUUGAUCUGAAGAACCCUGCCACUCACACCUUGCUUACGGUAUUUCAGCAACCAGGUAAGGAAGAAAUAUGUGAAGGAAAAGCAUACCCACCAAACUCAGAAGGAGGUGAAUUUUCUGGAGUAGUCUCUGGACCUAAAGAAGGAAACAGGUACUGAAAAAAAUACAGGGCUCAUGAGAACAUCAGAAAAGCCAUCAGUUGUCCAGCAUCCUGUUCUCACAGUGGUCAGUGACAUGUGGCAUGCCCACCAGCAGAACCUGAGAGCAAAAAUACUCUGCCGCAUGUGAUUCCCAGCAACUGGUAUUCAGAGGCAUACUAUUUCUGACAGUGGAAGUACAACAUAGUCAUUGUGGCUAGUAACCACUGUUGGACAGCCUUGACAAUCAAAUGUACAUGUAUUUUAUGUCUUAUAUUUUGUUUUCUAUUUUUUAUUGUACCUUGUCCAGAGAACUAUGUCUUUAACCGUGCUGUAUUACUGCUUUGAAAGGAAAGAUGAUGUUUAUGUCAGCCUUGUUGUGGUAGAUUGCGGUUGAGGCUUCGCUUAGCAGGGUUUAUGUAUUGCAAAGGAUUAAUGGGCAGUCAGUGGGAGAGGUGUAUAGUGGAACCACAGAGGUUUCAAUCCCAGUGAGGAGAAAGAAAUGCCUUUCCUUCUUGAAAAGGCAAAAUACCUCGCUACAGGCUUCUCUGCAUCCUCUCCUUCACUACACAGUUAAUUCUGCUACUGCCUGGCAGUAUUGCUACACAUAUAAUUACAGCCAUGCUAAAACUGACCUAAGAGACUGCCAGCUCUUAGCAAUUUACAUUGUAACAAAAAUUGAUCCAUUUAAUUAUUGCUUUCGUUUCUGUGUUUUUAUCCAGCUCUUAAUAUAAAAAACCUUAUUUCCAUUUCACAUGAUUGACACCCCAAUCUUAAACUUAUUCCUGGCUGUCAUUUAGCAGGGAAUUUUGUUAUUAUGUUGGCUUAUUAUUUAUGGUCUUCUUCAGGGUUUUUUUUUUUAACUAUGCAAGAAUAUGUAAAAGUGCAUUUUUAAAAGUCUUCGAAGGAUCCUACAAAAUUACAACCGUAAAAUAUUUGAAUAAUUAAAUAUAUUUUCCAACAGACAUUAUGUCCUGGUGCCAUAUCAUCCAAUCCUGAAAUUAAUUCUGUAUUGGGCUUUAACAGCAAAUAUCCCACACUGAAAAUAGGGCAGGUAAUGCACUUUUUAUCAGCAUCUUCCCCCUUUAAAACUGGGAGAGCACCAUUGCAUAAGAAAUGCAGAAGGAAUGAAAGGGCAGUGAUAUUUGCUGAAGCCCAGAGUAUUUCAGUUCAAACCUUGGUCUCCACAGUAAGCCAUUUUUUGGUACCUACGAGCUAAGGCCAAUAGAAUACAAGGGCGGGAACACUAAUCAACAGUACUUCCUCCCCCAGGAGCUGGUAGAACAAAGCUAUUUGAGCUUGCUGGUCAGUCACCUCCAUGUGUGGCUGAUGUGAGUCAUAGGACUUAACGGAGCAGGGAAGACCUUGAUGGAUUCAGCAGCUGGUUGUACCUAUAUAGGGACCCUGUCCAUAGUUUGGCAUUGUUUGUCCAACAUUUUAGUUGAAGAGCUGGACCUUCCCCAUUUCUAUGAAGGUAGGUGUGUAUGCGGUUCCAUCUUGUAGGACUGUAGCCAUGGGCAUCUGAAGAAAGAAAGCUUAGGUUUACAGACAAAUAAUGGCUUGCUGCUAUGGAGGUUCAUAAAUUUAGAACUUUUAAAGAACAUAGAAAAUAUAUAUCAUAACUUCUAGAGGACUCUAGAAUUCAUUUAUAAAAUCCUAACAAUUGCCAUCUAUUGCACAAUAGCCAGAGGCUUUGAAGGAAUUCAGAGGAAUGUUCUAAUCUGUAUUGCACUGUAUUUCACUGGAGAAGUCUGAAAUAACUUGCUAUAUCCCUGAAUUUAUUUCAGUGUUGUUUUUGUGUGACUAUUUGGUAACCGAAAUACAUACGGCAGAGUAUCACAUCUUAUCUCCUUCAGAUCCCCUGUCAGAUAUUUUAUUUAUUUUUCUCUUAGCAGCUUAAAUUCUCUCCAACAAUAUUGUCUUAACUUGUGCUGCUCUCUACCUAUUUUACCUGAAGUCAUAAUGCUUCAUCUGAGACAUCCAAAUUUGUUUCUACAGCAACCAUUGUGAUAAGAGAGAAUAGAUACUUCAAAAGUGAAGAAAGAGGCAUGAAAACCUAACCUGCUAAGCAAAUUCCCUGCUUCCACACAAUAAGAAAAACACAACAUAUUGAAAAGAAGAGUUGUGACAUAAGAUUGGAUUUCCAGAUUUUUUUAACCUCCUGACAAGCUAUCAAUGCUAUUUCCUGAUAAAAUAUUAAAGCCUAAUAGUUUGAUAUAUAUUUCACUAGUUCAUUCAUUGCUGAUAUUGUCUCUGAUCCAGUGGACCAUAUAUUUAAUUCCAUACAUAUGGAGCAUUAUCUGAAGCUUCCCUUUGAAAUAUAGUUGCCUUCACUGUCCAAGAAGCUGCUCCUAAAAUGUGGGUCCACCUUGAGAACAGCAUCCAACAUGAGGCCAAAAAUGUUGACCUUCUCCAAAAACAUGUCAGCUGUUGUGCAGAUAUGAGGAACACCAUGGUUAAGCACUGCAUGCAUAUGAAAAGCUAUUAGAUCUGUGUGGCUGCCCUUUGUGGUGACCCACUGAACUGCAGCUCGUCAGUGAAGAGUGCUGUCCACCCACGCUGACCAUUGGACCCUUCUAGGCAGGAAGGAAUACUAAAGAGUUGUUUCUCCAAAUUAAAUAUGCUUGAGCAACAAAGUCUUCCUAGGCACUGGUAUCUUCACUAUUAUUUGGUCCCAACUCCUGGUUUGUUCCUUUAUCACACUUCUUGGUUUGUCCUUCAUUUAAUAUUUAAGAACAUGAAAGGCAGAUCAAGGCAGAUAACAAAGGCAAAACAAUAACUUAAAACCUGAAAAUAUAAAUUAUAAGCUAACUAAAGCAACUGCAGAAAUUAAAUAAAUACAGCAGCAAAAUCAUGAAAACCAAAACAAUAAUUUACAACCUGAAAUUCAAUUAAUGUUUUACUCUUCUUUAUUUGGAGCCUCAAAAGCCAGUGGUCCAGGCCUCUCUAGGUCUCUGAGAAGGCUUGGGUUCACAGCUUUCUGUGAAUGAGACAGAAAGGAGAGAUAGAAUUGAGUGUCUUCUAUGUACAGUGGUACCUCGGGUUACAUACGCUUCAGGUUACAGACUCCGCUAACCCAGAAAUAGUACCUUGGGUUAAGAACUUUGCUUCAGGAUGAGGACAGAAAUUGUGCUCCGGUGGCGUGGCAGCAGCAGGAGGCCCCAUUAGCUAAAGUGGUGCUUCAGGUUAAGAACAGUUUCAGGUUAAGAACGGACCUCCGGAACGAAUUAAGUACUUAACCCGAGGUACCACUGUAUUGGUGACAGAACCCCAAGCCCAGAAUGUCCUACCCAAACAACUUUAUAUAGAUAAACAGCAUGGUGGCCAUACUGGUCCUGAGGGACAGCAUAGGCUCACUACCAAGGCAUGGAAUAGAGCCGCCCACCCCAAAUUGGUAACGCUAUGGCCCCCAGUCCUAUUACAUGAGUCCCACUCCUUGCCUUCUAGUUUGUUGUUUGAUCUGAAGGGUCCUGACUACUGACUCACCUCAGUCUGCUAUUGUAUACGCAGUGCUGACAGUGAAUGACCAUAGUUUGCCCAUACUCUUUUGUCUUCCUCCAGCACAGCUGAAAGACGAUUUUGGAAGCUUUGCCCUUUGCAGUUAGUAAACCCCAUGGCACCUGAACUGGGGAUUACAGUAUAAUAUUAAAGUAUGGUUAGUUUCAAAUUACCAGCCAUAGUCCAUGGUUUGCUGUUGGAUUGUUUUUCUAGAGAAGAAAAUGCAGGUACUGUUGAACAUACCUUGAUCAUAGGCAGGUUGGGCUACUGUUCUUUUUUUGAUCUUCAUGUGAUUUCAGUUCAGAGUUCUGGUUAUCUCCUCUAAAGCCAAACAUGAUUUGGGAACAUGGGAACUAGCUGCUGCUACAUGAUCUUACCUUCCUCUUAGGCUCUGCUUCACAUCCUGCUACUCUUUAUGUGUAGCUGGUGGGAAUGCGGCAGAAUCAAGCCCUCUUAGCUGCAGCAUAAAUAGCCCUUUCUGUUAAAGGCCACAUACCAAUUAAUUUUCUAUUUCUAUUUUUUAUUUUUUUGCUUUAAAAAUAAAAUUUCCUGAAGAUAGACUCCACUGUCAAAGAAUCUGCUUCUCUGUAAAGAUUUGAGAGGUAAUACAGGGUUAACAAACUACAAUACAAGCUUUUGAACAUGCACUUUGAAAAGUUAAAUUCAACAAAUUGGUUAGCUGACUUCUUUGAAGAAAAAUAGCCUCUCACAUUUUAUGUGUUCCAGUAUUGUUUAAUAUGCUAUACAUUGCUCAUUCUUAGUCACAGUUCUGAAAAAAGAAAAUACAGUAGUGCAAUAUUAAAUGAUUUCUGCUAAAUUUUAUUCCACCCUGAUCAAAUUUUGGACACUGUCAUUAGUGUUCUGGAGCAGGAUUUUGUUGUUAUUUUUGUUUAGGUUAUUUUUGCACCUUGUAACCUUUCUUAUAACCUUGGGCCUAAAUAAGCUCAUUAAAAAUUAAAUUGCUUAUUAUACCCUAGCAUCAAUUUCCACUUUGAUCAGAAAGCACAAUAGCUUUCUUGAGUAGAUUUACCUAUGAAAUAUUCUGGUAAUGAGAAGAGAUGAGACAAGUUUAACAAUUUCAAUGCCAAAGCAAAAACUACAGAAAUAUAAAUGAAACAAUUGAAUAUCUAUGGAAUAAACACUGUAGCACUAGCCAUGAAAAAUAGACUUUAAUUUAAACAGGAGGU